CUCGCAACGCGAUUACUGGCUCGAAACCUUGAAACAUCGUCCAAUGUUCAAGCACUCCUGACAGCCAAUUCAAUCGUCCGCAACAUGUAUGUUUGUCGACUUCCGUUCAUUUCAUCGACUUUGAAUUCCAGAUACCCACGUCCGAAUGCAAUAAUGCUAGCUAAACGGCCCAGCCCCAUCCUGGCUUUUGUCGGCUUCGUAUUGAUAAUCCUGCUCCUAUUAUCAACCGCCAGUUACCACGAAAAAAUCAUUCCUUUAUCCUUUCGUGGUGGCCAGGCUGCGGUUGGUCAGAUUUCAGUGUCCACAAACGGUCGCCCCGCACCCCCGCCGAGCUCACACAACGAAGUAUUCUCUGUCUCGCGGAAAGAUGGACAAUACUGGCCAAUUGAUUUUGGAGGAUUCGGGAUCAUCAAUCCGAACAUGAUACCUCACCCGAACAAGACGGAUGUGUGGAUUGUUGUGGCGCAGAGGAUGGACCCUCCCGGGACUGCAUACGGUGGCCAGUGGAGUGUAGAGAUCACUUGCGAAGCAAUCUUUCGGAAAGGCGCCUUGACCUGCGUUGAGAAACCUGAUAUAUUACCAAUAUCAGCUACCCCGGGAGGAAAUUGCGUGGGGGAUAUCACCAUACUCAACAUGAAUAUUGGACCUCACGAUGCAAGAGUCUUCUAUGGGCCCGAAUCACCCUUCAUUGUUUUCGGAUCCAACUCUCAGUUCACUUGUUUUGGUCAAUGGAUACAGGAUUUCAGGCCACUCAUCAAUUGGCCAUUCCUUAUGUGGGUAGCUGCAGCAGAUACACAGUUUUUGAUUGGCAAGGAACUUCAACGGCCACGUUUUGGCCCCGUUGAGAAGAAUUGGUUUAUCUUUUGGGAUGCCGUCGGGGAUAUGUACGUCCAUCAUGACAUUUCACCCAAGAGGUCGUUUGUCAGAAUGGAUAAGAAGGGCAUGAUCAGUGAGGACCUUGCACCUUUGGUUGCAAGCCACGACGAGAAGUGCAUGGCGGCAUACAUGCCUGUCCCUGGCAAGGAUGAAGAUCUUCAUCAAGCUACGAAUUCUCUAGCUAUUGUGCUUUGUCGACGAGAAGAUCCCGAGUGCAACGUCGAAGCCAACACAUACAUAAUGCACAUCUACCAACACAAGCUGUGGCACGGCUUUCACGGUGUCUACGAGCCAUACGUUGUGCUUAUGCACCGAACGGCGCCUUUUGGCAUCUACGGAUUGACCAAAAAGCCAUUUUGGAUUCGAGGGAGAGGAGGGCCGGGCCGUGGGAAAAUUCCAAAGUUUUACGACGCGGAGUUGAGAAAAUCGUGGAAUCAAAGUGAGAUGGUGUAUAUCACAUCUAUGAACUGGAAAGAGCAAGGCCGAAAUUAUGUCGGAUAUCUGGAUGAUGUGUUGAUGUUGGGAUUUGGCAUCGAGGAUCGAAGAAGCGCGAUGAUGGAUGUCACGGCUGGUGAUCUAUUGAAGAAUCUGGGACUUUGCUCGGAAUUAUAGCAUGUAGAUCAAUUACUAUUCAUGCUCGUAGAAAAAAAGCUGUCGUUCCUCC